AUGGCCGUGGCCGGAAGUCAGUUACCCCAGGUCCGCAGGGGCCUAGCACUUAUUAAUAAUCCGGUCUGGAGCAGGCCAUCCUUGGAUCCGUGCGUGGUUGAGAGAUCAAGCACAUACUAUGUACAGUGCAUCGUGCACUAUACGAGUACGCUGCAGCUGUCGCUGGGGAGAGAGGUGCUCGAGGAGGGUGGUCCCGGUUAUCUCCUCUGGCUGGCCCGCUUGGCGCUAAAGCCAGCACCCCGCGAAUUCUGGAUGGGGCGAGGUCCACCUGCACUCGUGGGUCCAUCGGUUUUGGUUUAG